UGGCAUACACCAUGAAGUAGCAUCACAAUGGCAGUGAAACCUUUCUCAAAAGAAGAAUUGAAUUUCUUCAAAUUUGCAUCCAUCGUUCACGAUGAAUUUCCAAAGAUGUUGCGUUCGACAUUUGUAACAUUGUGGGAUAGGAAGAUUGCGCCGUUGCCUGGUUACCAAGUUUGGGACGACUCACCCGCAGUUCGCACGCUUCUUUUGACUCUCGAAGGUGGUACAACUCCCAUACCAACCAAUGAUUCGUUCGAGGAUUGGGAUUGUACAGCCCUGUUCAAGGCAACUAUUUAUUCUAAGACUUUUGCAAUCUCUACGACAACGACCAUCAAGACACUCAGUGAUAAGUUUUUAAGGGGGAAGAAACCCAGUCCUUUUCAUGCUUCGCUUAUCAGUCCAACUGGUAACCAGGAUGAAACUAUAACUUUAGCUAUCGACCAAGUUCGACUGCUUAGAAACACGUUUUGUCACUUGCCUAAGCUUGGUAUGACAAAACCUGUCUUUGAUGACUAUGUUCAACUUGUUAACGAUGCUUUUACUGCUGUGGGAUUCUUAACAGAUCAAAUUGAUUAUAUUAGUUGCCUAAAGCAGUCAGACUUUCCAACUGAAAGAGUUGAUGAGUUGAAGAGAGAAAUUAGAUCAAUUGAGUUGGAGCACCGCAAAUUUCUUGAGGAAAAACUGAUGACAACAAUGAAUGAAAGGUGGGAAAUCCAGAUGUUCUUUAAUGAAUAUUUUUCACAAAAUCUUGAAGAAAUUAGGAACCGUGUCAUCGAUAACCAGACUACUGAAACAGAAUGUUCAACAAUUGUGCAGGAAAAUCGUGAAUUCGCAGCACUCGGUUCUCAUCAUCCCGAGCUGAGCAGCGAUGGAGGUGUUAUCGUAUUCCGUAUAACGGCUGAAAUGGCGCGAAAAGAUAAAGAUAAGGUUUUAGAUACUGUUUCUCUUGUUGAAAUUUUAUAUUCAUGUGAACAAAUUAAACCGUCAGUUUUCCAUGAGGCCCUCGAAAAAGGCUUUGGCGAUAAGACGGACCAAAAAUUUGGAGUGGUCAAACCAACAUGCCUCCUUGUCCCACUGUACUGUCUCUCAGAUGAAAGGUUUCUUGAGGUUUUGGAUGACUUUGAAUCUGGAAGGCUAAAACAACGUUUGCUGGAAGAAUUUUCACAGUUUCGAGAUGAAAUAAAAAUUAUGGAAAUUGAGUUAAUGAAAAUGGAAGAAGUAAACAAAACGAAGGAUGAUAUAAAAAGAAAGUAUGUAUAA